AGCAGACGCAAUAGAGUCACAUCAGCUAUUUUCAGGUCCCAGGUUUCAGCUUUUCAGUCGGCCGCUCUCUCUUGGUGCUUGUUUGUGUUGAGCGAUGGAUCGGACACAGUUGCUUCUGCUGGGAUUACCGCUCCUCCUCUUCUUCUCUGAUCUCUUAACCCUCUUCACUCCGCCGCCACCGCCACCGCCUAAGCCCAUCCCUCACUCUCACCACCACCUCCCGCCACCAUCCGUUACCAAAGAAAACCUGGACUUUCCCUCACAGAAGACAAGCGGUGUUGGAGGGAUCGGUCUUGGCAACACAGUCAACAUCAACUUCUGUGCUUCUUGCUCUUACAGGGGGUCUGCGGUGACAAUGAAGAAGAUGUUGGACACUGCUUUCCCUGGAAUUGAUGUUGUACUUGCAAAUUAUCCACCGAGCUUGCCAAAGCGUCUGCUAGCAAAAGUGGUUCCGUUUUUUCAGAUAGGUGCUGUUGCAAUUGUAGUGGCGGGUGAACACAUUUUUCCUAUGCUUGGAGUUAUUGCACCGCCUGCUUGGUAUUAUUCUUUGCGUGCAAAUAAAUUUGGGACCAUUGCAACCUUCUGGCUUCUUGGCAAUGCAGCACAGUCCUUCCUGCAGAGCUCUGGGGCUUUUGAAGUUUACCUCAACGAUGAAUUGGUUUUCUCUAAACUGAAUGAGGGCAGGUUUCCUGGCGAAAUUGAAUUGAAAGAUCUCAUCAGCAAAAGGUUGACUUCCACGGGAAUUGUAGACGGCCUAGGAAACUUGUGGUCGUAGUUCACAAGCCGGAUUUAGAGGGUCAAUCAAUGUGAUCGAAGGUGCAAAAAUGCGUCCAAAGUGGGUGUUGUUGGAUAGUCACUUGGAUUGCUUUUGCUCAAAUCUUGAUAGAAUGUCAUCGAAUUAGGUUUCCAUCUUUGUAUCAAAAAUCUAUAUGUUUCUGUCAUAGAGAAACCACUACUUGAAAAGCUUCAGCUAUCUGGGGCUUGUUUAUAAAUGUUCGUUUUCAUUCUA